CGUUCUGCUCUUCUUUCUUCCCGCUGCAGCCACCCGAAAGAAAAAAAAAAAGGGAACCCAGCCAUGCCUUUGAGAAACCGGUGAGAUAAGCUUGGUUUUGGCCUUCUUUUCUUGCUCUAGAACACAAAUUGAACCCAGAAAAUCUUCCCCCCUACAGGAAGCUUCCGGAUCUGCCUUGCUCUGCUCCUCACUGCCGGCUGCUCUUGCUUUGUGGGGGCGAAUUUCUCUGAUUUUGGGUAAGAAAUAGCCAUGAAUCUCCCUUCUCUAGCUUUGAAUUGCCUUGGGUUUACGUUAAUUGCUCUUAUUUCCUUCAAUUUUUGGGUAGCUCGUGAAUUGCCCCUGCAGAUCCCGCCGGCCUCUUCCCCAACUGCAACUCCGAUUUUGCUUGUUAAACUCCGGUUCCUAAUCGUUCUGUCAGUUUAGCACUGAGAUUGAGUCUUCGGUUUUAUGCGAUUUGAGGUAAGUAAAUUUAUAGUAAUGCCCAUACAGUUUUUAAAAGCAUGUUUUGAUUUGUUUUUGAAGUGGUGGCGGGGUUAAACCCGUUUUAUGUAAAAGUAAGUAUGACUGAUUUGAAGUGAAAUGUUUUAUGCUUUUCAUUAAAGUGAGCAUGCCUACUUGAGAUUUAAUUGAUUGUCCUGAUGAUUUGAAAGUGAUUGGUGAAUUAUGAUUUUUCUGUUAACUUCUGCUUGUUUUGUCUCCGAUGUGGUUAUGUUAUUGAUGAUCCUGCUAGUGGGGGUUAAACGCUAGCACAUGUCGACAUGUUAUUGAUAGAACCGGUUCGUUCAACCCUGCUAGUGGGGGAUUAUACACCAACAAAUACUGUAGCCUGCUAGUGGGAGGUUUAUAACACUGGUCGUGACCUAUAGAGGAGACGUCUAUUUCGUUCCCCUACUGUAUCCGUUUUUCGUAAUUGCACAUGUUGGCAUGCUAUAAGUUUAAGUAAGGGCACUCCAUAUUUUACUUACUGAGUUUAUCUCAUAGUUUUCUUUGUUCACCAUUUCAGGAAGUGAAACCAAGGACGGGGAAACCACGGGAAGUGACGGGUUAGAAGGCUAGCCAUUUCGAGAUUGAUAUAGAGUUUAGAAAUAAAUCAUGAUCUUGUAAACCAGAGUGUAUUUGGAGAUUUUAUGAUAUCAAAGCAGAUUUUAAGAUUUGAUCUUUAGAUUUUAAUGGUAUCAGAUUGUGAAUUGGAUAAGUUUUGAGCCUUGUGCACUUGUGGGACUCGUCUCACGAGUGUAUAGCGUCUGUCGCACCUCAAAUUUGGGUUUUGGGGCGUGACACUCAACUUUAAUGUU